GGUGCCCGCUGUGUGUUUUAAGAUGCAAAAAGCCGCCCGUCCGACUGCCAGGGAGGUGGCUAGCCGGCCGCAACAGUGGAUCCUGUAUUGUUAUUGACAUAUUUUUGUCUCUGUAUUAAGUUGAGACUCGCGAUCUGCAAUUAAUUUAGGUGUUUCUACUGGUUAACGUUCCGUUAUGGAGAAUCACAAUUAGAUAAUGUAGCGAAUAAUAUAAAUGAUUAAUUAUGUAUCUAUUCUGAUAAGAUUUCAUGUUAUUUUUCUUGUUUACCUCUAUUGUUGCUUGACAGACGUGGCCGUAAGAGAAAGAGAAGAAUUUGCGCGACGCAGAUCGGGCGUCAUUGCACCCCCCUUCCUCCCUCCCUCCCUGCCUCUAGCGUUUCACGACGAUUUGUUUUCCCGGCCUUUCCGGCUAAAGUCUCCGGAGAAUUCAGUCAGCCUACUCCUGCUUGUUGGGUCGCUGGGAGGCUGUUAUUAAAAUGGAUCCCGGUGCUUAUGGGAAAGCGAAAGGAUGCGGUAUUUGAUGAAAGCCCUGCAGAAUCCAGGGGAAACCCGGCCAAUUGUUAUGAGCAGUGAGCUGAACGUGCCCAUGGGUUCUCCUGCACCAGGAGGCUCAGAUCGAUUGCAGGAGGGGGGGGGGAUGGACUACCGGGACUGGGUACGCCGGAGCUACCUGGAGCUCGUCACCUCGAACCACCACUCUGUGCAGGCCCUCUCCUGGAGGAAGCUCUACCUGAGCCGGGCCAAGCUCAAAGCCUCCAGCCGCACCUCUGCCCUCCUCUCAGGCUUCGCCAUGGUGGCCAUGGUUGAAGUUCAGCUGGAGAUGCAGUACAACUAUCCGCGGCUGCUGCUGAUCGCCUUCAGUGUGUGCACCACGGUGCUGGUGGCCGUGCACCUCUUCGCUCUGCUGAUCAGCACCUGCAUCCUGCCCAACGUGGAGGCGGUCAGCAACAUCCACAACCUCAACUCGGUCAGCGAGUCGCCCCACGAGCGGAUGCAUUACUACAUCGAGCUCGCUUGGGGGUUCUCCACCGCCCUGGGCAUCCUCCUCUUCCUGGCCGAGGUGGUGCUCCUGUGCUGGAUCAAAUUCCUGCCCGUGGAUUCUGGGACUAGAGCCAACUGCAGCACCCCUGCCCCCUCGCAGCCCGGCCACAGUGGCUGGCAGGCCGCCCUCGCCUCCACCAUCAUCAUGGUCCCCGUGGGCUUCAUCUUCGUGGUCUUCACCAUCCACUUCUACCGCUCUCUUGUGCGCCACAAGACGGAGCGCCACCACCAGGAGAUUGAGGAACUGCACAAGAUUAAAGUGCAGCUGGACGGCCAGGAGCGGGGGAUUCAGGCCGUCUGAAGCACGCACCCAUUCAGAACUUCCUCCACCUUCUGCCCCAAAGCCCCGUCUUGCUCACGAAGCCUAAUAAAUGUUGCAUGGUGACGUCUUCGCGCGUGGGAAGUAAUCCUCCAGUCCUUAUCCAUCCUGAGCAUUAUGUGUACUCGUCUGUUGUACCUUCCGUUGACUUCUCACGCGGGGCGCGUGGAUUCCGUUUUAACCUUUAACAACAAAGGAAGGUUUACAACCAAUUUUUAAGGGCUAUUUCAUGUUCGGCUAAGUGCGAGUCUGAAUAUUUAAAAAAGUUUGACCUUCCCUGAGCUGAUGCAGCCAUUUGUAUCUGCCACAUUCUCCUGACUUAUGUUCACUUUAGGUUGCAGUGCAGGUCUCGUCCACGCCCUCUCCUUACAGUCCGUUUUCCUGAACUCCAGCUGAGUAAAUGAGUUAAGCUAUACGCGAUGAUGUGAAGCGUGGCACUCGUGCGUGAGUUCCGAGUGCCAGCCAGGUGCAUUGUGGGUAGGCUGCUGUCGUAAGCGGCCUGUGCGCCACCUGAUACGUGUUUGGUUUACAAUGAUGAGUUUCUGCACACAACAUUUCAAAUGGUGUUAUAAUACAAUAUCUGUAUCAUGGACACGCAUGGGAAAAACCUUUUAUAUUAAUGUAUGCAAAUAUGUGUCUAGCUUGCAAGCAGCAGCUUUCUUUGGUUGUCACUGUAUUUUUUAUUUUUAUGCUUCCCCCAUUUAUGCUUCCCCUCCAGUGCUGUUCACACAUGAGUGCUGUUAUUAAUUUUUUCGCAGCAAUGGUCUCCAUGAUGUCUCUCUUGUCUCAGGUGUUUGACCACCUUAUCGGUGUUGACGUAAAUACGGUAACGCAGUGCGACUUUCAUAAUCAUGUGCACAUCGAAAGUAUAGGAUCAUUGUUUUUGCAUCCUAAAGCUAACAUGUAAGCUCUUAUCCACCAGAAGCAUAUGUAUAACCCGUCCCUUCCUGCUUUUAUUUUCAUAUCACAUAACUAUUUAUUUGUACUUUUAUAUUGUGAAGCACAAAAAAAGGAGAAAUGCGUAAUCAGGGUACGAUCUCGUGUCCGUUUGCGGAGAGCGGCCUACUGAGCAUCAAACAAGUGCAUCUUUUUACAAAAUCCUUUUUUACGUUUGAGUGAGUUUACAUGAUUGAUGUUGCAGGUUUUUUUUUUUUUUUUGCCUAAGAAUGACCAGGGUCUGGGCAUUUUUUUCCCUCUGUAGAUAGGAAGUGCUGUAGGUGUGUCGUUGGUUCAUGGGAAUUUUAUUUGCACAAAUAGAAUAAAAAUAAAAUGCAAGAACAAAAAAUGAGUAGUUCAGAGAGAUGACCAAUCAGAUUGUAGAGGUGAGUCCAAGCAAGUAGAGGAGGCAGGAGCAGGACAUCUGAUUGGAUGGUCUUGGCUUCCUCUACUUGCUUGGACCCACCUCUUUUACAGUCUGAUUGGUUCAGAGAACCAGAAAUAAUAGUUUUUUCAGUCUGUUCUCAGAACGAUUUUGUGUAAGUAAAACUACCACGAGUGUGUCUUUGAGACUAAAAUGAAGGUCGUAAUUGCUAAUUGUAUACCAAAUAUUCUGUAAAUGAAGUAGUAAUGUGGCAGUUUGGUGUGAUUUGCACUCAAGUGAGACAAGUCGUGUAUAAGUGAGCAAAUUACAAAAGACAUUCCAGCUGAUGUGUAUAUAGGUUUGGUAGUAAGGGAAAUAUUACAGGUUGAAUUUAGUUUUUAAGGUUAGCGCCAAAAUGCUGCAGUUUUACCCUGUGCCAACUAACCAGAGGAACAGCACUGAAAGCUGUUCCUUUGACCAAACGAAUGCUUUAUUGGCUCAUGCUUAUGGUAAAAGGUCAAGUGCUCUUUCAGCGUUAAAUGUUACGUCCUCUUGCUUUGAAGGGGUUUUCAUGAUGCUGUAAUUAAGACGUUGCACUGCUGUUCUCAGAUCCUAACAAUAAAGUCUAAAUGUCUGUUAUCA